AUGUGGGAUUUGUGGACAGGAGUACAAGCAGAAGUCCUCGGAACGUCCGAAAAGCAGGCCGGUCCAUGGCAGGCGGUAGCAAACCGGACGAGCGAAUUGGAAGAGAGCGAGGAAGGAAGACACACGAACAACUGGGCGGUAUUGGUCUGCACUUCGAGGUAUUGGUUCAACUACAGGCAUAUGGCUAAUACCCUUGGAAUGUACCGCACGGUAAAACGCUUGGGCAUUCCAGACUCUCGAAUCAUCCUCAUGCUCGCCGACGACGUCGCUUGCAACCCAAGGAACGGGUUCCCUAGCACCAUCUAUGCCAAUUCAGGCAAACAGCUCGACCUGUAUGGCAGCGGGGUAGAUGCAAAAAAGACUGGCGUAGACGAGGCUGUCGGUGUCGAGGUGGACUACCGGGGCUAUGAAGUCAACGUCGAGAGUUUCUUGCGAGUCUUGACGGGUCGAUAUCCCGAUUCGCUACCUGCCUCGAAGCGGCUGCUUUCCGAUUCGUCUUCAAACGUCUUCAUCUACAUGGCAGGACACGGAGGGGACGAGUUUAUGAAGUUUCAGGACAACGAAGAGGUUGGAGCUCAUGAUAUCGGGGAUGCCAUCGGGCAGAUGUGGGAAAAGCGAAGGUACAACAAGUUGUUCUUCAUGACUGAUACCUGCCAGGCGAACACCUUGUACAAGCGGAUCUAUAGCCCGAACGUGCUGGCGACCGGGUCUAGCGAGUUGGGAGAGAACUCUUACUCUCACCAUAACGAUCACGAUAUCGGCGUCGCGGUGAUUGAUAGUUAUACACACUACGUGUUGCAAUACCUAGAGGGUAUCGACAUCGGCAGUAAUAAGACCAUGAAAGACUUUUUUGACCACUAUGACCCGGUCAAGAUCAAGUCCCAUCCGGGCGUCUUUACCGACUACUUCCCAGAUGCACUGGACGAGGUCCUCGUCACAGACUUUUUCGGCGGUGUCUCCCGUGCUGAAGGCGUAGAACGGGUUUCGCCCGGACAUCCCGGUGGGACGGUAGUGGUAGCCGAUGGUCAUGAUGUGAGGUCGGACGAACAGGUGGAGAUCUCGACGAGCUCGAGGCAACGACCAUUGAUCCGACAAGGAUAUCUGCUUGGCCAAUCAAAGAUGGCGUCGAUUUCGGAAACCGAUCGACUCGGGGUAACCAAGGCAAGAGGUUGGCGGGAAUGGGUUGCUCUCAGUGGGCUCGUCGGUUUAGGAGGCAUAGCUUGGGCCGCAAGCAGUCGGUAG